CAGCGAACAGUCGAGUUUUGAUUUCGUCUGCUCUUUUGCAGUUCGCUUUGUUUGUAAAUUUGUGAAUACAAAAUACUUUUUUAAAUUUCAUCAAUAGUUAUAAUUAUAUCGGUGGGAGAAACGUUAUAAUUUCUAAUCUCAUGACACACUAAAUUUAUAAGUGAUAUAACGUUUUGAAAUGGCUGAGUCUAACACAACUUACAAAGUAUUGGUUUUGGGCGACUCCAAUGUUGGAAAAACCUGCCUUGUGCACAGAUAUUGUGAUGAAACUUAUUAUGAUACAUAUACUGCAACUAUUGGCAUUGAUUACAAGCAAAAAAUCAUCACAGUCGAUGGAGCACGAGUGAAAUUGCAAAUAUGGGAUACGGCCGGCCAAGAGAGGUUCAGAACUCUAACGACAGCUUAUUACAGGGGAGCCAUGGGAAUACUUCUGAUGUACGAUGUAACUAGAAUAGAGUCCUUCAAUAACCUUUCUCACUGGAUGCACGAUAUUAAGGAGUACGCUUCUCCUGGUGUUGUUAUAGUAUUAGCUGGAAAUAAAUGCGACGAAGUGUCACAACGAACAAUUGCUUACGACAGUGGACAGAAGAUGGCAGAAUAUUAUGAUAUGCCGUUCUUUGAGGUGUCUUGCAAACGAGACAUAAAUAUCGGUGAAGCAUUCCUAACUUUAGCUAGAUUAAUUCGUGAUAAUUUAAGUCGUCAAAAGGAAUCUGCUCCGGACAAAGAGCAAGAGAGAUUCACGUUACCUCUUCAGCUGUCACUACAGAGCAAGGAGGAGGAAUCAAAAUGCUCGUGCUAGUGGCACAUUUGGAAAAUAUCGUCGAUGGAACGGGGAGGGCAAGAAUUGUUUCUUUGGGUGAUAAUCCCCUACAUUUUUUCAACUUCUUUGAAUGCGCUUCAGAAUCAG